AUGAAUCUACGUUCUGUAUUUACUGUAGAACAACAAAGGAUUUUACAGCGUUAUUAUGAAAAUGGAAUGACAAAUCAAAGUAAAAAUUGCUUUCAGCUCAUAUUACAGUGUGCACAGGAGACUAAGCUGGACUUCAGUGUAGUCAGGACUUGGGUUGGCAAUAAGCGAAGAAAGAUGAGUAGUAAGAACUCUGAAUCAGGAACAGCAGGAACUGUUUCUGGCACCCCAUUGGCAGCUCCAGACAUUACAGUCAGAAAUGUGGUUAAUAUUGCCCGACCUUCAAGUCAACAAUCUUCUUGGUCUUCUGCCAAUAAUGAUGUCAUUGUAACUGGUAUAUACAGUCCAGCAAGCUCAUCAAGUAAGCAAGGGACAACAAAGCUUGCAAAUACACAAAUUACAGAAGCACAUAAAAUUCCUAUUCAGAAACCAGCCAGUAAAAAUGACACUGAAUUUCAAUUGCACAUUCCUGUUCCAAGACAAGUAGCACACUGUAAAAAUGCUUCUGUGCUUCUAGGGGAAAAGACAAUUAUAUUGUCAAGACAGACAAGCGUACUAAAUGCUGGAAACUCAGUGUACAAUCACACAAAGAAAAACUAUGGAAGCUCUCCGGUGCAAGCUUCUGAAAUGACAGUACCUCAAAAGCCAUCUGUGUGCCACCAACCUUGCAAAAUUGAACCAGUUGGGGUUCAAAGGUCAUAUAAACCUGAGCAUGCAGGUCUGGCAUCACAUAACUUAUGUGGGCAAAAGCCAACUGUUAGAGACCCUUACUGUAGAACACAAAACUUAGAAAUUCGUGAAGUGUUUUCAUUGGCAGUCAGUGAUUACCCUCAGAGAAUUCUGGGAGGAAAUACCACACAGAAGCCUGGUUCAGCAGAAGGAACUUGUUUGUCCAUUGCAAUGGAGACUGGAGAUGCAGAGGAUGAAUAUGCCAGAGAAGAAGAGCUGGCAUCAAUGGGAGCACAGAUAACAGGCUACUCAAGGUUGUAUGAAAGUGGCAAUUCCCUUCGAGCUGAGAACCAAAGUACAACUUUGUCUGGACCAGGAAGAAACCUGCCAAAUUCACAAAUGGUGAAUAUUAGAGAUUUGUCAGACAAUGUACUGUAUCAAAAUAGAGACUACCAUUUGACGCCACAGACCUCAUUGCACACAACAUCUAGUACUAUGUACAGUAAUACUAAUCCAUCACGGAGUAAUUUUUCUUCACAUUUUGUAUCAUCAAACCAAUUGAGGUUAUCACAAAACCAAAACAAUUACCAGAUUUCAGGAAACCUUACUGUGCCUUGGAUUACAGGGUGUUCUAGGAAAAGAGCACUACAGGACCGCACUCAGUUCAGUGAUCGAGACUUGGCUACCCUUAAGAAGUACUGGGACAAUGGUAUGACCAGCCUGGGCUCUGUAUGUAGAGAGAAGAUUGAAGCUGUUGCAACUGAAUUAAAUGUCGACUGUGAAAUAGUUCGGACUUGGAUUGGGAAUCGAAGAAGAAAAUACCGUUUAAUGGGAAUUGAAGUUCCACCUCCAAGAGGAGGCCCUGCUGAUUUCUCUGAGCAGCCUGAAUCUGGUUCUUCUUUGUCUGCACUCACACCAGGAGAGGAAGCUGGGACUGAAGUAGGGGAGGAUAAUGACAGAAAUGAUGAAGUGUCCAUCUGUUUGUCCGAAGCAAGCUCUCAAGAGGAGCCCAGUGAAGUCAUCGCAAAUGAGACCAGGACACACAAAGAUGAAGAUCACCAGGCAGUAUCCGCAGAUAAUGUGAAAAUAGAAAUUAUCGAUGAUGAAGAAAGUGACAUGAUAAGCAAUUCUGAGGUAGAACAAGUGAAUUCUCUCCUGGAGUAUAAGAAUGAAGAAGUCAGAUUCAUUGAAAAUGAGCUAGAGAUUCAAAAACAAAAGUACUUUAAGCUCCAGACUUUUGUUAGAAAUCUGAUUCUGGCUAUGAAAGCUGAUGAUAAGGAACAACAGCAGGCACUGCUGUCAGAUUUACCUCCUGAAUUGGAAGAGAUGGAUUUCAGUCAUGCCUCACCGGAUCCUGAUGAUACCUCAUUCAGUGUGUCUUCUUUAUCAGAGAAAAAUGCCUCAGACAGUUUGUGAUUAGGGGUGGGGGAUAUGAUGUAGUCUGUUGUUUGCCUCACAGGUGUGCAUUUCAAGAUAACUGUAUUUCCCCAAUAAUCUUCAACUGGAAAACACAUUGUUAAAACAGGCAUAUGCUGUGAAGGAAGAACAAGAUA